ACAAAGGAUCACAAGAAGAAGUCCAACUCCAGCUCCGCGUCUCCUCUAUUGCUUUGUACAACUAUACAUGUAAUGCACAAAUAUAUGUAUAUAUAAAAGGAGUCUAUCCUCAGUUGGGUCCUUCCAAGUUUCUUCAGUUGCUUACAUCCCCAGAACAGAAAACCCGAGAAAAGCAAAGUCAAGUCCCCCCCACCCCCAACUCUUAUCUCUCUCUUCCUUCACUUUAUUUUUGGCAAAUUCAAAUUCCUGCAUUGAACCAAGGAAAAGGGCUCAAGAAAAUCCAUCAACCACAAUUGUUUUGCAUCAUUGCCUCGCUCCUUGUACAGCUGUUGUACAAUCAAAGGAGGGAUACCAAUAGGCAAUUGAUGUCAGAGGGUUGAUUUGAGUAUUGCGGUGGUGUCGGUGUUCUUAGCAUUGGCGAGUUUGCUCAAAUGCUAAGUCUUAACAGGACAAGAACUCAAUCAAGGUCUACUAGAUCUAUGUCUUUAGGAGGCAUGGAUUAUGUCGAUCCAAAGAAAAAGAGCAAUGUUGUAGGCAAAGUUUUUAUGGCUGCAGCAUUAACUGCAUUAUGCAUCAUUAUGCUUAAAAGAUCUCCAACAUUCAAUACCCCGAGCCCGUUUGCUCAUUAUGAACCAGGUGUUACUCAUGUAUUAGUAACUGGAGGUGCUGGAUAUAUUGGUUCCCAUGCUGCAUUUAGGCUUCUAAAAGAUUCAUACCGAGUAACAAUAGUGGACAAUCUCUCGAGAGGAAACCUGGGUGCCAUAAAGGUUCUACAAGAACUAUUUCCAGAACCCGGCAGACUUCAAUUUAUAUACACUGACUUGGGAGAUGCAAAAGCUGUGCACAGAAUAUUUUCAGAAAAUGCGUUUGAUGCAGUGAUGCAUUUUGCAGCUGUUGCAUAUGUUGGAGAGAGCACUAUGGAUCCACUCAAGUAUUAUCACAAUAUCACGUCAAAUACACUUGGUGUAUUGGAAGCCAUGCAUACACAUGGUGUGAAGACUUUGAUAUAUUCUAGUACAUGUGCAACAUAUGGAGAGCCAGAAAAGAUGCCUAUUACAGAACAAACUCCACAGAAACCAAUUAAUCCUUACGGAAAAGCCAAGAAGAUGGCAGAGGAUAUUAUUCUGGAUUUUCAUAAGAAUUCAGACAUGGCUGUCAUGAUUUUAAGAUACUUCAAUGUGAUUGGUUCAGAUCCAGAAGGAAGACUAGGUGAAGCUCCUCGACCAGAACUACGUGAGCAUGGUAGGAUAUCAGGUGCUUGCUUUGAUGCUGCUCGUGGAAUAAUUCCAGGGCUUAAGGUGAGAGGAACAGACUACAAGACUGAAGAUGGAACCUGUAUCCGGGAUUAUAUUGAUGUCACUGAUCUUGUUGAUGCUCAUGUCAAAGCCCUUGAGAAGGCAAAGCCUGGGAAAGUUGGAAUUUACAAUGUUGGAACGGGGAGAGGUCGAUCUGUAAAGGAGUUUGUGGAGGCCUGCAAGAAGGUGACAGGAGUACCUCUCAAGGUCGACUACCUUCCCCGUCGGCCUGGUGAUUAUGCUGAAGUAUACAGUGAUCCAACUAAAAUUAGGACAGAACUAAACUGGACAGCAAAAUACACCAAUCUUCACGAGAGUUUGCGGGUAGCCUGGAGAUGGCAGAAGGCACAUAUUAAUGGAUAUAGCACACCUCAGUCAAUUUAGAGCUAGUAUACAUCCACUAUCUGGCAGUGGAACAUUGACAGGAGCAGCCAGCCAGCCGGCCAGCCAGCCCCAACCUACAGCCUGAUUUUACUCCAUUCUAGGAGUCACUUAGAAGAGGGUGUUAUGGCCUGGGAUUUGGAUGUUUAUUCUUUCUAAUUUGAUGAAUCCCCAUGGCUUAGAGGCUUAGGGAAGCAGCUCUGUUUAUUACUCAUAUUUGAGGAAGAGGUAUUUGAACAAUAAUCAUCAGUGAGGUAUAGAUAUAAAUUAUUCUUUUGUCUUUUUGGGUUAUUAUGUAU